UUUCUGUCCGAAUCGACCUCGUUGUGACAAACAAACAAUUAAGAACUGACCACUGGGCGGUGCUACCUGAGAAAAAUGUACACAGAAAAAUGCCGUAUUUUUAAUAGAUUUUAAUUUACAAAGAUGAGGUAUUUGUAGUUAAAAACUUGUAUCUAUUGUGUUACUAGUUGUAUAUUUCUCUUUUCAGCAUAUGGGCAUUAGAUAAUUUGAAUGACUUAGGAAUAAGUAGUGAUCUCUUUAUAUAUCUAACGAGGUUACCCCGUUGGGUAAUGCAUACACGAAAUACUUUUCAGUCAAUGGAAAGACCCAUAUCGUUUUAAAUAAGUGUUAUCGCUUGUCCUUAAUUUCUUGACAAUAUGAAAUUUGAAAUCUGAUAAACUAUAGGUCCCUUGAAGUAAAACAUGUUUUGGAGAGUUUCUAAUGUUAUGCAUCGAAUAAUCAAGAUUUGCAUAUUUGAAAUUUAAUUGUAAAAACUAUUUUUGUUGUUACCAUAGAUCGAAACGUUUACCAUUGACACUUGUUUUCAAUUUAAAACAAAAAUGCGUUCCAGCUUUUACCAAACGUUGAAACUAAGUACUUUCAGUUUCAACCGGUGAGAACGUUUCAUGUAAGGCCUGAAUUAUCCAUGACACCGUAAUAUAUUCGCUCUACAUAUACUUGUGCGACGAAAAUAAACCCAGCUAAAAUAUGGCAAAUCUAAGCGAAACGGAAGUCAGACAGGCCUUUGAAUAUUUCGACAAGGACCAAAGUGAUUCUAUAACUCAUGCCGAGUUAGGGGACGCUCUGAGGCUGGCGGGGAUGAAUCCGACUGAUGACGAUAUCCAAGACCUGCUUAAGGAGGCAGACAAGGAUGGCAGCGGUAAAAUCGAAUUUUCUGAAUUCGCCAAACUUAUGAAAGGGCUAGAAAACAUUGACUGUAAAGAAGAGCUCCGGAAAGCAUUUAAUCAUUUCGAUAUCAACGGAGACGGCUGUAUAUCUGCUGAAGAACUACAAAAACGAUUGGAUUAUAGCAUAGAUGAUGCGGAAGAAAUCAUAAAGGCGGCUGAUUUAGAUGAUGAUGGCUUUAUCAAUUUGGAAGAGUUCAUCACCAUGUUGUCUGUGUAGGCACACGUGUUCGACUAACAUGAACAUGAUUGUGGAUCGCAGGCCUGAAUAUUGUGCAAAACGUUACCAUAUCACUAAUAUUUGCAAAACAACAUUAGUGGCUAUCGGAUUACCUUCCUUUAACGCAUAGCAAAACUAUAAUUAACUUCUUAGACUAAAUAUUGGAAUGUAAUAGACAACAGAACUGAAUGUACAUCCGCAUAGUAAUGUUAGCAGACUGAUCAGGAUGUGUUGGCAUGGUUUGCUUUACGGCAUCAACUAACCAUCCGGUUAUAUGGAGUUGUGUGUAUGUACUACGAAGUUCAUGUUUUUGGAUUUUUUUGGUUUUGUUUUCUUCCAUUACCAAACAUAGGUCAUAAAAUAGUCAGAGUAAAGAGAUACACUAUCAAAACAAAUACCAAUAGAAAACCAAAAUGUGAACAAAACCGUAUUUCGAUCUCAAUAUCGAUACGAAAAGGGAAAACUAUUAACAAUGGCCAGACAGUACUUGAAAGAGUACAAUGGGAUUAGUACCGUCUUUUGUUUCCUCGAUGACACCUCCCAGGUAAAUCUAGGUUAAAUCAAAAAAUAGGAAAUGUCACGUCUUCAAAUUUAGAAUCGGGAUAGCGCCAACGAAGCAAACAUGAAAUAAUGAGCAUAAUCGAACCUUCGACCUUCAGAUUGCACAAGAAAAAGACAGAAAUAGAAAACUGAAAGAUGAUAAGUAAUUAAAGCAACGAGAACUGUUCUUCAAUUUCGGUCUUUUAAAUAUACCGUAAACAAUAUGACAUAGCCCUGCAGGCGGAUCAACAUAACCAUCUUAUAAUCUGAUAUAUUAAUAAAGGGCACACAACUUAGCGACAUUCCAGUUAUGAUUAUAACUUAAAACAAAUAGAUACCAAAAAUUCCUCUUCGACAGCUUAAUAUCAUGGCAUUUAUCUGCAGUUUUGCUAAAUAAUAAAGAAAUUAAGUUGAUAGGUUCCAUAUUACUGCCUCCCUUGCUUCUAACGAUGAUUAACUAUUCCAGGGUCGGUUCUAAAUGUCUUGUUUGUAAUAAACAUGUUGUCGGGGUUUACUACUGGAGAAGCAUUAGUCUACACUACGACAUUUUACGGUCAUCAUUGAUCUGAUGUCCUCGUGUCUUUGUGUCAACAAUGAAUAAAUACAUGAAAACGGGGCUUAGGUAAUUUGUGACGUACAUAUGGCCUGGAGGAUUUCCACCGGAAAUGUAUAUUAAAUGAACACGCAACUUCAAUCUCGUAACAUAUAUAAGGAUUAUAUUUAUAGAGUAUGUAUUGUUUAAAAAGUGUAUAUAUAUUUAUCAACCUGUGUAUUUAUAUGGAAAUCUAUAUAUUUUACUUUCGUUAUAUAGUAAUAAAUGGUAGAAAAUAUGCAACAAUUUGACACGUUGCAGUUAAACACACUUAGGGACAUUUCUAUCUUACACCCCGUUUCACGUGCGAGACAUCACGAAAUCGGAACAUUCCGAUGCUGCUAUGCAAAAAUAUAGACACCUUUUUGGCGGUGUUUAGUCUAAUUCUAAUUUCAUUUCAAAGUGCACAGCAAAAGGAAAUCCUCCCUCGGACUUUUCAAAUGGUUGCAGAACCUUCGAGUUUUAUUAAAGUUUAAAACCUCUGGUUUCUUACACUCCUUGGCAUGACAGAAUCUUUUAAUUUUCCUGCACAUUUGUAUUUUAUAUUUAAAUAAAAUACAAGAUAUACACCAAUGGCACUUAGUCGUGAUUGUAUGUUGUAAUGCUAUUAAAAUGGUACUUUUAUUGUUUAUGAAAAACGAAAAAAGUAAAAAUAUGUAAAUAAAAUGAUA